UCCAAACGUAGUGUGCUAAGAGCACAGAACCCUCAUCUCUCUCUCUCUCUCUCUCUCUCUCUCUCUCUCUCUUCCCUUGUGCCAACAGACAAUUAUCGUGGUCCCCUAAUUCGACUUCCUCCAAGACAUCGUUUCUCUACCCUCUCUGCGAUUUGGAGGUCCAAGUGUACGCUUCUAGGAAUGGAUUGUGCUUCUUUUCACACACAGUUUGGUGCUGUGAUUUUGCCUCCUGGGAAAGGGAGGACUCAACCUCCCGAAGUGGAAUCUCUGAAGCUUAACCAAUAUUCGGGUCUUGGUUCACUUGAUUCUCUUAAGUAUGGUGGCAGUAAACUCAAUCUUCGACUGAAAUUUGGGAGCACAUCACAGAGUUUGUCUCAACCUCAUGCUUUGGUGCUCAGAUGCAACUAUCCCCAAAAUGCUGAUUUGCCUCGGUACUACUCAAAAAAGGAGAAAAAGCCUUUCCCUAUACCCAUACUCGAGCUGAGGCGAGCUGCAAGGGAGAGGUUUAAGAACAGAAAAGGCCAACCUAAAAGACCAGCACCUCCCCCCAAAAAUGGCUUGGUGGUUAAAAGCCUAAUUCCACUUGCAUACGAAGUGUUGAAUGCAAGAGUGACAUUGAUCAACAAUCUAAAAAAGCUCUCAAAAGUGGUUCUUGUACAUGCUUGCAAGUGGUGUAAUGAAAUCCACGUGGGACCCGUUGGGCAUCCAUUCAAGUCAUGUAGAGGCCAAGGUGCUCCAUUCCGCAGGGGAACCCAUGAGUGGACAAAUGCAGUUGUCGAAGACAUAUUGGUGCCAAUUGAAGCUUACCACCUCUUUGAUCGGCUUGGGAAUCGUAUGCCUCAUGAAGAGAGAUUUUCAAUCCCCAGAAUUCCAGCUAUAGUUGAGCUCUGCAUCCAGGCCGGAGUUGAUUUACCCGAAUUCCCCACAAAAAGGAGGCGAAAGCCAAUAAUUCGUAUUGGAAAACAUGAAUUUGUUGAUGCAGACGAAAGUGAACUACCAGACCUUGAACCAGAACCUCCCAAAAUACCUUUAUUAACUGAACUACCCGCUGAUAAAAUAGUACCCCCAGCAAAUGCAGAAGAAACAGCCUUGCUUGCCGAGGAAACACUCCAAGCAUGGGAAAAAAUGAGGCAAGGAGCCAAGAAGCUAAUGAGGAUGUAUACAGUGAGGGUUUGUGGAUAUUGCCCGGAGGUGCACGUGGGGCCCAGUGGACACAAGGCCCAGAAUUGUGGGGCCCAUAAGCACCAGCAGCGAAAUGGGCAACAUGGGUGGCAAGCGGCAGUGAUUGACGACUUGAUACCGCCAAGACACGUGUGGCACGUGCCAGAUGUGAAUAAGCCAGUGUUGGAAAGGGAGCUGAGGAACUUCUAUGGUCAAGCUCCGGCAGUGGUGGAAAUCUGUGUGCAGGGUGGUGCUGCUGUCCCUGAGCAAUACAUGCCAACCAUGAGGUUAGAUGUGGGGAUUCCUACAAGUGUUAAAGAAGCUGAAAUGGUUGUUUGAGUCUUCCCUUUUGUUUUUGCCUUUUUUUAAAUGUACGUAGAUUGUAGAGUAUUUAAAUUGAACAUGAUUGUCACCCACAAAAAAUGCAGAUGAACAUUUUGUUUUUCUUCAAUUUUUGUUAGGUAGUAUCCGUAAUUCAGCUGUUGUAGUUUGCACCAUUGUUUUAUUAUGUGUUCGUUGUGUGAAUACACGUAGAAACUGAAAUAAAGCACAGAAUGUAUAAUUCAGUACUCUCAAA